UCAGUUAGUGACGUCACGGCAGCGCGGGCACCAGGACAGGUCCGGACUGAGAGCAAAAUAAACAAUAAGAGGCGCGGGCGGCGGGCACCGGACAGACUCACACUGUGACCGCGCACCCGCUGCCUGAAACACAGCUCCCGCUCGGACCGGCGGGACCGCGCUGACAUUGAUUGCUCUCACCGGCGGUAACAAAGGAGCGGUAACCAGGAUGAGUGCUUUCACCCUGCGGGUCAGCGUCUCCUCCGACCAGGGCGGCAGGAAGUACAUGGAGGAUGUCACCCAGGUGCUGGUGGAGCCGGAGCCCGGGGAGGGCGAGCUGUCCUGGAUGGAGGAGGAGCAGGAGGGGGGCCCCCGGGAGCAGGGGCCCGAGAGCCGGGCUGUGUCCCCGGGCGGUGAGCAGGGCUCCGGCAGGCAGUCCGUGGCUUUCUUCGCGGUCUGUGACGGACACGGCGGCCGGGAAGCCGCGCAUUUCGCUCGGGAUCACCUGUGGGGCUUCAUCCGCAAACAGAAAGGAUUCAUGUCCCAGGAGUCGGAGGAGGUGUGCGCCGCCAUCCGCAAGGGCUUCGUGGCUUGUCACCAUGCUAUGUGGAAGAAACUGCCUGAAUGGCCCAAAACAAUGACUGGUCUUCCCAGCACCUCUGGAACUACAGCAAGUGUUGUCAUUAUCCGUGGCAACAAAAUGUAUGUGGCACACGUGGGGGAUUCAGGUGUUGUCUUGGGAGUGCAGCCGAACUCCAAAGAUUCGAUGAAGGCUUUGGAGGUAACACAGGACCACAAGCCUGAGCUUCCCAGAGAAAGAGAGAGGAUUGAGGGACUUGGUGGCAGUGUAAUUAACAAAUCUGGUGUGAAUCGUGUAGUAUGGAAAAGGCCUCGCUUGACACACAACGGUCCUGUGAGGCGAAGCACAGUAAUUGACCAAAUUCCCUUCCUGGCAGUGGCUCGUGCACUUGGUGAUCUCUGGAGCUAUGAUUUUUACAGUGGUGAAUUUGUGGUAUCUCCAGAGCCUGAUACAAGUGUGCAUACCAUUGAUCCUCAGAAACACAAGUUGGUCAUAAUAGGCAGUGAUGGACUAUGGAACAUGGUGUCUGCGCAGGACGCAGUCUCUAUGUGUCAGGAACAGGAAAAAGCUUGUACAAAGGGAGAAUGUGGACAGUCCCUAGCGAAAAUGCUGGUAAAUCGAGCACUGACCCAAUGGCGACAUCGCAUGCUGCGGGCAGACAACACCAGUGCUAUAGUUAUAAGCAUCUGUUCUCAAACGGAAAAGCAGAGGUGCUGCACAAAUGAGGAGGUAUUCUUAAACUUGUCGGAGAGUCCAGUGUACAACAGUCAGGACAUGUAUUUAAUGUCUUCCUCACCGUGUUCAACACCGCCCAUCAAGUUUCUGGAGGAAGAUCCCUGGUGGAGACUGACAUUCUCUGAGCCCCUGCCAACACUUGUUAGAAGCAAUGCAUUUUCUGAGAGCUAUCUUAAAUGGGGCAGCGAAUCCGCAAAAUCUCGAGUUGUUGCAUCCUGCUCCUCUUCCCUGCAGGGGGACUCUAGAAAGUCUGAGGAAAACAGCAGCUGCACUCAAUGUUUUCUAGACUCCCCAGCAAACUUUCUCUUUCCAAGUAGUUCUCCUAAUGCUGCCUCUGAGGUAAAACCUGCAAAAAUGCCAAGCAGCAGCCAUAACAAGAAAUUAGAAACGGAAAGGCUGGCUUCAUUAAAAAGGACGCUGGAGGAAUCAAACAGUGGCCCUGCUCUGAAGAAACAUAAGAGAAACUUAACCAGGCGUGGGAUGUUGCAGCCUGAGAGCUCUUCUGUCACCCCAAAACGCAGGAGUGCAGACAGGGUCAUUAUGCGACGCAGCCUGAGAGGCCAGAAGAAGCUUGGACAUCCUUUGUUACAGCAGCAUAGAAAAACAAUAUGUGUCUGCUAAGCUGAAGUCUGUGAUAUAUCAAUUCUUAAACUGGUCCAACUGACUCAUGAAUUGAAUUUUUUUUAUUUUUCAGAUUAAUUUGUCAUGUGUUUUUUUUUUUUUUAAUAUAUAUUUUUAACGGCACUUCCUUUACAGGUUAAGAUCUGUAAGUCUUCUUUGUACAUAUUGCAAAAUACCAUUCUGCACCCUACAUGUAGAGAAGUGUGUUUUUGUUUUCCCCCUCUUUUCUUUAAAAGAUCUAGGUAUUGAUCGGAUCAUUAUCUAUUUAUAAUCCUAUCAAUCUGUACAUAGUGUUUUAGUUUUUAGAAGGCAUUGCAAAAUCCCAUUAGCUGUUGGAUAACUAUUUGGCCACUGAUCAUUCCCCUUUCAGUGCCAUUUUAUUUAAAAUAAUAAAACUAGUUCUAUUAAAGUCUAAAAAAAUUUUUGCCUGAAUACCACGGCUAAAUAUUUAUGAUAAAUGACUUGUGAAGUGUUCAACGGUUAAUCUUAGAGCCCUCUUUAAACUCUGCCCAAUGAAAUCCCAUUCACAUGAUUAACACAUUUUUUUUCACAGCUGAAGGAACACUGUGAAGCAAAUGAAAUGUUUCUGUGUGAUUUUUAUAAAUAAAAAUAUCUAACUCACACACCUAAUGACCAAAUCAUUUUAAUAUAUCACUUUUCUGAGAGCAAAAAGGUAGAAUUAUGAUAUACUAUGAAUUUACAAAGAGGUGAUGUGAGAGGUUACAGCAUAUGGAUAGAAACAAAUAAAUCCAGGUAAUUUUUGUACCAUUGUAAAACAUCAUAUUGCGUGUACUGUUUGUGCCAUAGCCCACAGUGAUAUAUAAGCCCACCCUUGUAAUAUUGAUCCAGUUAUGUAAGAUUGCACAAAAAUGGCAAGAUCGAAACAAAUUAACACUUCAUUGGUUUCUUAAAGCCCUAACAAACCAAAUUUAAGAAAAAAACUGCUAGAUUACAAAAGGGCAUAUUUUACAAUAUUCAUGAACUAACACUUUGAAUUUUGUAACUAAACUUUUACACCAACUUGCUGUAGAACAGAACCUAUAUUUUCAUAAAUAAAUCCGUAUAAAAACCGAAUACAUAUUGUUACAUUUAAAACUUUUCAGUAUAAACAUCCAUUAAAUAUACAAGGGAUGAAAUUAGUAUUUUUGACUUUUAUACUUCAAAAUUCUCCUGGGUUUCACUUCUGUAUCAGUAUACAGCAAUAUAAUUCCUGUUUUAGUUCAUCCCCACCCUCGUUGGGGGCGUGUAAAAGAAACCCCAAACUGUACUCUUAUAGCAAGGUUGAUCUCCACUAUGAAAGCCAUGUUAACAGCAUUUUUUGUUAGCCAAUUAACACUUUGCUGGCUGUUCUUGCAGUGCUUGUGUAAUGCAUAUAUAUGCUGUGAAAUCCUCAACCAAAAUUGAAGUUAUUUUAUCAUGAUGGGGAGGGGAGAAGAAUACAGAUUGUAAAACCAUACAAUGUGUUCAACUAAAUAAAAUCACUGAACCAU